UACGCAAAUACUUUUAUUGUUCUUAGUUGUCUAUUGGCAUUUGUUUUUUGACAUUGGUAUGAUGAAAAUCUUAAUAACUUUUUUUUUAGUAUUUAUUUUUUUUAGCGCUAUUAGUGCUGAAGAAAUAACAAAUUUUCGUCCGUGCUUGAAUUCAAAAUGUACAAUCAAAAAACUAUACAUUAGUCCGUGUCCAGAAGCAUUAGAUGGAAAUCCUUGUGAAUUUCCCGCUGGAAUCAAUGCAACAGUAAUUAUGGAAUAUAUACCUCACUUUAGCGCUCAAAAACCAAAACUUAGGUUUUAUAAUGUGCAAUUACUAUUAGAUAUUCCCCACCCUUUCAUUGAUCCAGAUGGGUGUUUGUAUACAAGUUGCCCACUACAGGCUAACGUCACCCAAAAGUUCAAAUAUGAAUCCGUAACAUCGAAUUUGGAACCUAGAGGUGAUUAUUUAUCCAAAUUGAGACUGUGGGAUGAUUCAGAAAACGCAAAGUAUGAAGACCAAUGCUGCGUUCUAAUGGAAAUGAAAUUAGUUUAAUUGUCAUUUAAAGAGUUAAUAUUUAUGGAUAAGAGACCAUUAUUUGUAUUGGCUUAUUAUGUGAUAAAAUAAAAAAUAAAACAACAAAUGAUCUUGAAAUUUA